AUGGCUCCCCACGUCAACAAGCGGCAGAACUCUCUGCCCAGCGGCUUCAUCACGGUCCGAGACAUACUGGACCGCAAGCGCGGAGUCGGAAACCUCCUGAAUGUCAUUGGCGUUGUCAAGGACUUUAGAACCCCUGUUCCCACCAGAGGGACCGAUUGGAAGUGUGAGAUCAAGCUGUUUGAUCGUUCUAUUGAAGAUGCAUCCUUCGACGCCAUCACGAUCAACAUCUUUCGGCCAGAGAGUGAGAUGCCCAGUCCCAACGUCGGUGACGUGAUUGUGCUCUAUCAAGCCAAGCUGCAAUCUCACGCCAACGAGCUCUCGCUGGUGACGCACCGGACCACCGACAUUCAUCUGUACUCGUCAAGUGAGAUUCCACGUCCGUCAGAGGGGGCCUUACAGGCGUUGCGCCCUUUGUCCAGAAAGACAGCUCAUAGCCCUGGACAGGUCGUGCAUGAGUAUGUCUCACAUCUCUAUCAUUCAAUCGACAAGAGCAGUCUUCCGACUGAGGCCGAGUUCCAGGACAUGAAGGCGAAAUCCGCCAUCCACACAGGCAAGUCCAAGGAACUAAAGGACGUCCGGGAUGGCACCUUUGCCGACGUAGUAGUUCAACUGGUCAGGCAGCCAUACGACACCGGUGACAGAGUCACUCUGUGGGUAUCAGACUACACUGAGAACGACCACUUUUUCCACUUCACGUACAAGGGGCUUGAUGCUCUCCAGGGACAGGACAGCUAUAUUGCUUCGUUGCCCUAUGGGGCCGGAGCCGGCGGCGGCGGCGGCGGCGGAGAGUGGAAGGGGCCUUUUGGGAAGCGAAGCAUGCAGGUCACCUGCUACGAUCCGCACACGUCGGUAAUCAGGGAGCAGGGGCUCUCUGCGGGUUCUUGGGUACUGCUUCGGAACCUUCAAAUCAAAUUCGGGCGCAACGCCGCCAAUCUCGAGGGUUUCUUGAGGGAAGACAGGGGGUCGUCGAGUCAAAAGAUCAACAUCCAGCAGAUGGACGUCAGAGAUACAGACGCUCCUGAUCCCCGCCUGAAGGAGGCCAUCCGCCGCAAACGCGACUAUGAACGGGAGAAGAGAGACCGCCUCAAGGAUUUAUCCGACGCAGCAAUAGCCGGACAGAAGAGGAAAAGCCAGCUGGUCGAGAUGGAGCCAGCAUCAAGCGACAAGUCAAAGAAGUCCAAAAAGACCAGGCAGAGGAACAAGAAGAAGUCUAUAGGACAAGAUGAGCCGAGUGUAGUGCCUGCUACCGCCCCAGCCCCAACUACGUUAACACACGUGAAAUGCGAAAAUGAAGACAAGGCCAUCAGCACCAUUGACAGCAUUCUAGAGCCCAUGUAUUUGGAAACGGACAUCAAAGGCCAGCAAGUCAAACUACGGCUCCCCUUUGUGAACAAGAACUACCGAGCACAUGUUCGGGUUGUCAACUUCAUGCCCCCCGAUCUCGAAGACUUUGCUCGGCCAAGGCGGGCCACAGAAUACGACAUGCUUUCCGAUAAUGAGGAGCCGGACCAGGACGGCUCAGAGUCCGGAGGAGAGUCAGCGGCGGACGAUACCGCGACGCGGGUGUGGGAAUGGCAGUUCUUCCUGGAACUGGAAGAUGCGAGCCCUCACGCGAUCAACCAAGGGGAGAGAAGAACCAUCUGGGUCGCAGUGAACAACUUUUCUGCGCAGUGUCUCGUCAACAUGGACGCUUCUGACCUGCGGAAGAAUCAGCACGAGCUCGAAACUCUACGUCACCGGCUGUCCCUCCUAUGGGGCGAGCUAGAAGAAAAGAAGACGCUGGAAAGAGAAAACAGACGCCGCCGCCGCCGGGCCGCUCUGGCAAACAGAGGGGCAAACCAGCCCCCCUCGCAUAGCUCCGACGACGAUGAGCGCGGCGCGGCGGCACAGAUGCAGGUCGACGACGAGCCACCAGUGACGCAGGUCCGCACCAUGCCGUUUGCAUGCUGCAUUCGCCAGUACGGGGUGGAGGUUCCCGAGGAGGAUCCGCGCAAGGCUGAUGCCGGUGAGGGAAAGAGGUGGCAGAGGAUGUUUGGGCUUUUUGGAACGAGGAUUGCGUAUGACUGA